ACCAUUUAUCACCCAUUUUGAUGCAUAAAAGCUUUGUGUGCGUUUAUGAACUAUCAUCAAGUUGCACUAUAUAUACCAUCACCACUCAAACUAGUAUUUUGAAGGAAAUGGGUUCUCUUAUGGCAGGUUGGGACUCACCUCUUCGUGAUCUUGAAUCUGCAAGGAACAGAUCUUUAACGAAAGAAGAUAUUUCUGCUUUUUGGAGGUUGAAGAAGAUAGAAGAGGAAGAACUUUUCUUUCUUAAAGCUUCUUAUAGACUCUCAAAGGAAGAUAAUAAGAAAGUAGUGUCUCAGGGGAGUGAGCCUCAUCCUACAAGUCUUGAUGUAAAUGAAGAAGAAAAUAUGGAACCACUUUUGAAGAAACAUGGCUGGUGGAUUAGUAGUAAGUGGGCUUUUUUGAACGAACCACCGAAGAUCUCAUGGAAAGCAUCAUACAAUUAUGUUGCACAAUUUCAUGUUGCUCGUAAACACAUUGAUCAUGACUUCAAUCUCUCUCAGGUUACUGAUGGCAUUCGAGCUUAAAUCCACAACAUUUAUAGAAGAAUAAUUGUUUUUUUCUUCUAAAAGUCAUAUUAAUCUUCAUUUAUGGAAUAAAUAAUUUAUUUAUAUUUGAAAAACUUGUAAUUUAUGUAUCUGUAUAUGUAUAUAUAAAAUUUGUGUGCA